AUGGACCACCCGCCCCAAACGGAGCCAGAGGCAAAGGCCGGGCCGCCGGGCCGCCGGGGAGCCUGUCGUGGGUGGAAGUUCUGUUGGACCUUGCGGGACGCCGAGAAGGACGAUGUGAGCGACUACGGCGAUGACGAUGGACUUUCCUGGUACGCAUCUGCUGCCGCUGAUGCAGAUGCAGAGGAGCCAGCACCAGAUGAGACGGCUGAACAAGAGCAGCCGGAGGAUGCGGCUGUGACAGACCCUUACGUGACGGCCGAGUCCGAUCCCUACGAGGUUUUCACAGAGGAGGCUCCAGCUGACCUCGCAGACUCAAAUGAGCCCAAAGAAGUGGCUCUUGAAGAGGACGCGGGCAAGAGAGCGGCCGAGUCCGAAGCGCUCAAGUCACCGAAGCCCUCAGCUGCUCCCGACCUUAGCCGGCCAGCCAAAGUUCAGCGGACAGAGGCUCCAGCCGAGGCCGAGCCGCAGUUGACUCAGCCAGCACCGCUGCCUUUGAAGCAGCUGGCCGAAGUCCUCCAAGUCCCGCCUGCUCCGGCCUCCGAGGCCUGGACACCCAGCUGGCUGCAGGAGACCUCCGAAGGAGAUACAGCUCCCACAGACCACCUGGCACAGGUUCCAGAACGUGAGUUCUUGGACCAGGACCGCCUUGACCAGGCGCUGUCCUGGGACGAACGCUGUGUCAUCGUUCGCCAGGGGCAGGUGCACAUCGAGCUGCAGCGUCGCAACCCGCCCAUGGACAAUGCUGACCUGCUUCGGUUUUGCGACUGGUUGGAUGAGCAAAUGCCCCUGGUCGUCAACCACUUCCCCUAUGUCAAGAAGAGCGGAGCCUAUGUCGACCUCUCUGAUAAUGAGAUUGGCACAGACGGCCUCGACAAGCUCUUCCAGGUGCUGCGAGGCCAUCGAGUACCAUGCGUCGUUCUGAAAGCCUACAGAAACUCCAUUGAUGACUCAUUCGUGGACACGCUAGUGGAGUAUCUCUACACCCAGCCUGAGGCUUUCCCGAUGCAUGGUAUCCACAUCUCGCACAACGACAUCUCCGACAAGGGGGCCUUUCGGUUGAUUCGAGCCGCAGCUCAGUGUGGGCAUUAUCCUCGUCUCACGACGCGGUUGCCACUGUGGCUGCGGCUGGAGGUGAAUGCCCUCAUGAACCCGCAGAAGGUCAUCAAGGACGCAAAUAACGAGGGCUUUACCGUUUGCCUCAUGCAGGAUGGACUCUGCAGCCGCGAGAAGUGUGACCACUACUCCGGAGUUCAUGUGCAGCUGCCGUACUUUCUGAACCAACCUGCCAAGGGCUUCGCCAAUCUGGAGCAGUUCGGCGCAAGUCAGCGGCGACAGACUUGGGCGGCGCCCUACAGCUCCAGCCAGGGCACCCUGGCCCCGAAGGCCGAGUUUUUGGAUUCCAAGCACGUCGCAGCAUCGUGUCGCAUUCUGGCACAUGCAGCGGACAUGGUCAGUUCCACAGAGCUGUCGACCGAUGCCCAAGGGACCAGCGCGUUGCAAGUCACGAGAUCUUCCCGCGCAUCGCGCAUCUCAGCGGACUCCUCCGCUGCAUGGUCUGUCGCAGAUGAGGGUGUUAUCGAAAGAGAUAUGACUGCCAACAGCAAUCGUGGCAGCGGCAGAGGAGAUGUGCUGAAAGCCUGCCUCAAUCUGGAUGACGGUGCCCUGAGCUGGGUGAUGAGCCAAAUCCUGGCACAAAAAGGCCCUGUUGUUCAGGAGGCAAUGGGUCAUGAGGAAGAGACGCACCCACAAGAGUCCGUGAGGAGCAGGUCGAAGGGAAUCACGACAUGGUCUUCGGAGGACGGCAGCGUCGGCGUCGGCGCCAAGGGAGAUCUGCCUCCGCAGGCUGUCGGGGGCCGAAAGACCAGGAGGAGAAGUUUGCUGGCGCAGAUAGGCAAGGGACAACCUGGCCCGUCCCAUUCUUCGCCUACGAUGGCUAAGAUCUCGGACGUGCUGCGCCCGGUUGUGGAUAGCUUCUGGUUCCAAACGGUCAUUGUGUUCUUCGUCGUCGUUGCGCUUUUCGGUGGCGAUCUCGCGACCCUCACAGAUUUGCCUGACGAACCCGGCUUGUUUAUACUCGACCUCAUGAUGUCCAUAGCGACGGUGGUCUUCUGUAUAGAGAUGGCUUUGAAUUGCCUGGCGCGCAUGCAUGUCUACCCGCUGUCUUUCUUCUUCGUGAUGGACUUCAUUGGCACUCUGUCAAUGGCAUUUGAGAUCUCCUUCCUGCUUGGCAACCAGGCAGAUAUGCAAACUGUGCAAGAUGGCUUCGAUGCCGUCUUGAUGCGUACGGCUCGAGCAGCGAAGAUCGGAGCUCGCAUCGGGCGGCUGUCGAAACUCAUGAAAUACGUGUCUUACCGCUUUACCAACCGCCACGGUUCUUUUUCCAGGGACAAGCCUGCAGAAGCCAAAGUCUUGUCGACAAAAUUGAUGCUGACGUUGUCCACCACAGUGUCCAUGCUCACCAUCGUGCUCGUAUUUACGUUUCCACUCUUCACCAUCGGACUGUACCCGCAGCAGGACCUGUCCAUGAAGACCUGGGCCGAAAAGCUUGAGGAUGCUUUCAGUGAAGCGGUGGCCAUCCAGCUCAACUCGCCGGUGAGUUCGAACUUGUUCCAGGAGAAAGUAGCCAGAAUGAUCAGCUUUUACAGCACUGUGGGCUACAAACCCUUCCGACUGGAGGGGUUCGGGGAGGAUGUCGUGCUCGAGAACUCGACGAUGACUGUCAGAGGAGCAUCUUUGCUGGCUGGGUCAGCUCCAGUCCGGAUUUCCCACAUCUUCAAGAUCUCCGUAGAGAGUUGCAUGGUCCAGCGUGCUGCUUGCCAGAUGGACCCGCUGCCGUCGAUUUUCUUCGACUUCACAAACCCACAGCAGAUUGAGUCAGCCCAAGACAUGGCCUUGAUGUGCUUCAUCAUCGCGCUGAUGCUGAUCGUCUCCUUGAUUCUCAGCCACACUCUCGAUCGGUUGCUUGUGCAACCUAUGGACCGUAUGUUGUACAUGGUGAAGAGCAUGGCCGCAGAUCUCUUGAAGCAGUUCGGUUUGGACGACAACCUUGAGGAAGAAGCAGAACCGAUUGCAGAGACAGCCCUGAUCGAGGAGAUAUUCAAAAAGUUCGCGCGGCUAGCUAAUCUGGCUGCAGUGCGAAACGAGCUCACCGAGGAGGAAAUGGCAGGCAUGGACACUGAUGCGCGGGCCGUCCUCCUCGAUGUAAUGCACUUACAGGUCAACAGGGACUUGUCAUCGUUGGCUGCCGUGGCCAACGCGUCGGAGCCGUGCUUUGCCAACCUACCGGUCAAUGAGUCCGUCUUCUCCUCCUUUGAGUUGGACGUUCUUGAGCUGCCCGUGGAGCAAAACCAGCAAGUGGUUGUGCACAUGUUUUUUGACUCCUUGAUUGGAAGAUCGACUGGCCGCAUACUUGCUCAGCCCGAGACGUUCCACAAAUUUCACUCGGUCGUUUAUUCAAACUACAACAGCCUGCCCUACCACAACUACUUCCAUGCCGUCGAUGUGACAUAUACCGUGCACAGGCUCAUGGAUAUCAACCGCACAGAUGCUUGGUUGUCAAACGUUGAGAAGUACGCGCUGCUUCUUGCCGCACUUUGCCACGAUGUGGGCCACCAGGGAAAGACAAAUCCGUUCCUUGUGGAGACGCAGCAUCAGCUCGCACGGGUAUACAACGACAAGUCUCCCCUUGAGAACAUGCAUGCUGCCAAGCUCUUCGAAAUUGCAAGCAACGAGGACACGGACGUCUUCAAGCGACUGGACAAGGAUGCGCGGAAGACCGCGCGCAAGGUUUGCAUAGCGGCCAUCCUUCACACGGACAACGCUGAGCAUUUCGAGAUGGUGAGGGAAGUGAGCAAGAUAUAUGAGCUCACCUCUGACCUGUGCGAUGGACAGGCAGCACAGCUUGACCAGCUGGACAUGAACUAUGUGGAACAGGUGCUGUCGAAGAACUCCAUGUUCUUCAUGGAGGUGUUCCUACACUUUGCAGAUGUGUCAAAUCCCCUGAAGCCCUUCAAGAUGUGCCAUGCCUGGGCAUGGCGCGUUCUGGAAGAGUUCUUCAACCAGGGCGACACCGAAAAGGAGCUCGGCUUACCUGUAGGAAUGCUGAAUGAUAGAGACAAGAUAAAUCGUCCCGGCUCUCAACAUGGCUUCAUCAACUUCAUGGUCGCCCCAUUUGUCUUGCACACAGUCAAAGUGUUCCCUGGCCUCCAUUCAGUCUACACUCAAAUGGGGGAAAACCUCGAGCAAUGGCGACAUAUGUGGGUUGCUGAAGUGAAGCCAAGCGAGGAGGAGAUCGCAAAGAAAGAUGCUGAUGUGCAGAAGAUCAAGGACACGGCUUUGGAGCUUCGAAAGAGGACAAUGCCAUAG